UGUGUGUGUGUGUGAGAGAGAGAGAGAGAGAGCGAGGCGCGAGCACCGAGCAGAACCCGCGCAGAAAAGCAACUACCUCUCCUCCCCCGCUGGCCCGCACCGCCCUCGCUCCCGCAAGAUCCCCAAUCCCGCCGCAGGUUUCUCGCCGGAGAGACCACCAUUGCUGCGCGCAGAGCUGCCGAUUCCGCGGCCCGCGGCCGGUAGCUUCUCUCCAUGCUGCUGCUGUGAGGUCCUUCGACUGGGUUCGAGCUCUGUUGGCGUUGAGGAGGGCGGCCAAGGCGCGCUCAUCGCGAGAGGGGAUUUCUGUAGACAAUAUGGGAGGCUUAUGGAUCGAUGCAGCAUUACUUUUCCAACCACCUGCAGGCUACAAUCAUUCAUGCUCCAAAUAUUUGCUGCUAGAUGAUCAACCUUUUUUUACUUCUUUUUGAUUGCGACGUAUUUCAUAGAUGACGAAGGCUGCAACUCUUUAUGGGGCCAAGACACAGACUGAGACCCUACGGCCAGGGCCAUUGCGCCCAGCAAAUAUCAUCAGAAAUAAAUUUCCUACCUACAAGAAUGGUUCAAAUGGUAUAGUGAUCAAACUGGCCGAUGGUCUAGAAAUACCCCCUCUCAAGGAGAUUGUUGCAAAGGAGACUGCAGAUCUACUUGAUCGUCGUCAGCGCCUCUCUGUCCGUGAACUUGCGAUGAAGUUUGAGAAGGGUCUCAACACUGCCACACUGUUGUCCAAUGAGGUUAAAUGGAGACAAGUAGCUUUGCUGGAGAGGGAUAUCCUUUUGAAGAAUCUUAAGAGUGUAUUAGAGUCACUCAGAGGUCGGGUGACAGGCAAAACUAAGGACGAAAUCAAGGAGUCUAUCUCUAUGGUGGAGAUCCUUGCAGUCCAGCUCUCCAAAAGAGAAGCCGAGUUGCUUCAGCAAAAAGAAGAGGUCACGAAAUUAGCAAAAUCAUUAAAGCAGGCUUCUGAAGAUGCAAAGAGAAUUGUUGAAGAAGAAAGAGUGAAUGCUCAUACAGAGAUAGAAAGCGCUAAGAAUGCUGUCCAAAGAGUUCAACAAGCAGUUCAGGAGCACGAGAAGAUGUCCCAGAGUACCGGGAAGCAAGACAUGGAGGAGCUAAGGAAAGAAGUUAGAGAAGCUCGGAGGAUCAAAAUGUUGCAUCAGCCCAGCAAGGCAAUGGAUCUGGAAAAUGAAAUAAGAAUUUUACGUAAGACAUUUGCUGAGAAGUCCACUGAUUGUGUUAACCUUUUGAAAGAGUUGGAACUGCAUAAAAGGUUAAAGGAAAAUGACACCCCAUCAUUUGAUUUGGAGGGUCUCCAAUGCUUAGGAUCAGUGCUACGUAUAGUUGCUAUCAGUGGUACUCACAUGGAUUUGUCAAAUAUUUCUAUCCAGUGGUUCCACAUACACCCAAAAGAAAGCAGCAAAGAGAUCAUUUCAGGUGCAACAAGACCAGUAUACGCCCUAGAACCACAUGAUGUCGGACGCUAUUUGCAAGCUGAAAUCGAUGUUGGUGGUGAAAUUGCCAUAGCAAAGACAGCUGGGCCUGUAGACCCUGAUGCUGGAUUGGUGGAAUAUGUGGAGACACUCGUAAGGAAACCUGAAACUGAGUUCAAUGUUGUUGUGCUUCAAUUGAACGGCAUUGAGCAGCCAAAAGAAUCAGUUCAUGUUCUCAAUGUCGGACGGCUGCGGAUGAGGCUUACUAAAGGGAAGUCAGUAGUUGCCAAGGAAUUCUAUUCCUCAUCAAUGCAGUUAUGUGGUGUUAGAGGUGGUGGCGAAGCAGCCUCGCAGGCAAUGUUUUGGCAACCCAGCAACGACCUCAGCUUGGUGCUGGCCUUCGAGACCGCUCGGGAACGCAACACAGCCAUCAUGCUUGCUCGGCGAUUCGCCAUAGAUUGCAAUAUCAUCCUUGCUGGGCCAGGCGACAAAACUCCCUGGUGAAAUGAACCUGUAGUGCUCCGCCGAUCCGACGGCACCUGUCGGUCCGCGACCCCGUGCAGUGAUGUACAUUUGCGUGCACAGCGUGUUUGCACCAGUUCCUCUAGUUUUCUCGUUCAGUCUGGGCUGUUCUGCUCUUCCUCGUGCUGUAGGUUUCUGAAAGAAGGCGCCGUGCGCACAGUUUUAACCGCCGCGGCGCCGUCUUUCUGUCUCACUGUGCUGUGUUUUUUUUUCUUCAGUUGCGAGCGUUGUGAUCUGUUGCUAGCAGUUGCAGCAGUAAUCUAUGCUUGAUGCGGUACACAUCUAAUUGUGUUCGACAUAUGUUAGUGCUGAUGUUGAAGCAAUGAUAGGUAUUAUGUAUGGGGAACAUAAUAUGGUUGAGAAACGCCCAAUCGAAAAUAUGGUUGAGAUGGUGGGAA